AGAGGAGCAGGCAGUCGGAGUCGGGUCGCCGAGGUGCGUGUGUGGUGCGUCUGUGUGUCGCUGCUGAGCGGUGCUGGCUGCAGCUCGGUGCGGUGUGCGUUCUGGGAGGACCACUGGAUGGUCUGAGGAGAGGAGACUUUUACAGGUGCAGUGUCCACAUGUCGGGCUCGUCGGUGGCUCUGGUGACCCGGCCGGGUCACGGGUGCGCCUCCUCUCCGCGGCCGGCGGCGCGCGAGCCGGUCCCCGCGCCGGUGGUCGGCCCCCAGUCGCCGGCAGGGGUGUUCCGCGCGGCCAUGAACAGGGAGCCGCCGCUGCUGCAGAGGGAGAUAUCGCAGCUGAGCUUCUCCAGCAUCUCUGGACUGUCAGUGACGGACGACGCUUCCAGCAUGCACACACAGGAGCAGCUGGUGGAGCAAAUCAGUGAGGUGCAGGCUGCCGUGUUAGAGAUGAAGGCGGCCUUCACGCUGGCGCUGGAGCAGCUGACGGCGGCGCCGCCCCCGCCCCCGCCCCCGCCCCCGCCCGCCGACUCGGCCGAGACGGAGACCGCCCGGUUGGUCGGACAGCUCAAGGUGGAGCUGGGCGCGGCCACGGCCACCCUGCAGCAGCUGCAGGAGGGCCAGGAGCAGACCCAGCAGCAGCUGCAGCGACUGCUCUACGAGCGCGACCUGCUGCUCGACGAGCUCUGCAAGACUGGCAGCGUGUCCGAUACCAUCAGACAGCGGCUGCACCAGCCGGGCCUCCAGUACCCGUCGCGCACGCCGAGCGGCUGCGCCAGUAACGACUCGGGCGUGGUGUCGGGCGUGCACAAGGCGCGCUCGUACGGCCCCUCGGACCCGGAGACGGGCUCACUGCCCGACGCCGGCCCCCUCUGCUCCACACUGGUGCAGGAGUACGUCAACGGACUCGACAGAGAUGGCCCCGACGGGUAUGACUCUGACUCAUCGCUGACGAUGGCCGUCAACAAGUCGUUCACGCUGAGCUGUUCUCUGACCAAACGGUGCGGUGGAUUGGAGCUGGACGAGGGCAGUGAGAGCGACACGGAGUCACAGGUGAAGGGCUCGGCCGCCGCGGCGCUGGACGAGUCCGAGCGUCUGAAGGUGAUCAGGGAGCUGGUGGAGACCGAGCGGCGCUACUGCAGCACCCUGUGGACGCUGCAGGACACGUUCGCCGAGCCACUGGCCGCCGGCGACCUCCUCACCGGCGACGAGCUCAGCACGCUGUUCCCGGCCGAGAUGAGUCGUCUGUACGAGAAACACUGCCGGCUGCUGCACACGCUGGAGGAGCGGCUCGAGUCGUGGCACUGGAAGCCGCACGUCGGACACCUGCUCUACAGGUUCAUUAGCUGUGAUGAGGCUGAGGUUCUUCGUAUGUACACGUCUUACGUGAACGACUUCCCAGAGGUCCUCAAGACCUUUUACAAACUCUGCCGCACGUCCAACGAUUUCACCAAAUUCCUCAAGAGCCGGCUGCAGCACCCGGGCUGUAACGGUCUGGACCUGGGCGCCUUCCUGCUGUCGCCCGUGCAGCGCGUGCCGCGCUACGUGCUGCUCCUGAAGCAGAUCCUGCGGCACACGCCACCCAGCCACGGCGACCACGCGGCACUCCAGGCCGUGCUGGACGCCCUCAAAGAGUUCCUGGCGCGCCUCAACGACUCGAUGGAGCACUCGUUCCAGCUGGUGGCCGUGCACAUGAGCUCCCGAGAGCUGGACGGACGGCUGUCCAAGCAGUCCCACAAGAGCGGCACCUACGAGAGCGCCAAGUCGGGCCGCCAGAGCCGCGCGGGACCCGGCGAGCGGGCCGCCCUGCGGCGCCGCUCCAAGUCCAAGCCGGCCUACCGAGCCGCCUCGACGGACCCGACCACCACGGCACGGCUGCUCAUCAGCAUCGACCGCACCGGCUCCUCCAGCAGCAGCCGCACGCAGAGCAGCGACGAGCCGGCCGGCUGGCCCGGCUACAGCCGCUCGGCGGCCGGCAAACACCGCCGCCACCAGGCGGCCGCCUACGACUGCCAGUCGCUGCCGCACAUCAAGCACCGGCGCCGGGGCCAGUUGAGCGCCGCCCGCUCCGAGACCUGCCUGCGCGACGCCUGCUGCCACCUGCCGGCCCAGCCGCGCCACCAGCACGGCCACGCGCUGCACGCCAAGUCGGUGCACGAUCUGCACGCAGAGACAUCUAGCGAGGCCCUGCGCAGACUGGAGUACGAGGAGGUGGCGCUGAGCGAGCCGAGCCUCUGCGACGCGCCGGUCGACCGGCGCUUCUCCGAGCAGCAGAAGGCGUGUCGGACUCUGCCCCGGGGCAGGUCAGCCAGCGCCUCGGGGCCCGGCCAGAAGCGAGACCGGGCGGCCGCCAAGGCGCGCGACCACAGCGUCGACAAGGCGCUCAAGGCGGAGAAGCGGCGCGUCUCACUGCGCACCCUGAAGAACAUGUUCAGCUUGAAGAAGAGAGGCUCCCGGUCCGGCGUGCUGAACAUCAGUGACAGCACGUGCGAGCUGGACGCGCCGUGCGGCGACCAGUACACGCCGCUGGGGGACGGCUCGGGCUCCACGGCGCCGGCCGCCGUCCAGGGCGACUUCACCGACGAGGAGGGACGCGCCUGCAGCAAUGUGUAGGGAGGCAGCGCCUGCAGCAGCGUCAGGGGCAGCGCCUGCGUCAGAGCGCAGCAGGGUCUGCAGCAGCGUCAGGGGCAGCGCCUACAGCAGCGUCAAAUGGAGCCUGCAGCAGCGUCAGGGGCAGCGCCUGCAUCAGAGCGCAGCAGGACCUGCAGCAGCGUCAGGGGCAGCGCCUGCAUCAGAGCGCAGCAGGACCUGCAGCAACAUCAGGGGCAGCGCCUGCGUCAGAGCGCAGCAGGGUCUGCAGCAGCGUCAGGGGCAGCGCCUGCAUCAGAGCGCAGCAGCGCCUGCAGCAGCGUCAGGGGCAGCGCCUGCAUCAGAGCGCAGCAGGACCGGCAGCAGCGUCAGGGGCAGCGCCUGCGUCAGAGCGCAGCAGGACCUGCAGCACCGGGAGGCGCGUGGGCGCUCCGGUCGUACCGGAGCCUCUCCUCGACGAGAGGCCGGUGGAGGAGGUGCGGGGUUGUUACACGGACCAAGCGUGUGCGGCGCUGUCAGCGGGCUGCUCUGUCGCGGUAAUUGUAGCGUUGGCAGGAUAGAGCCUGUAAGAGGCACAGUACAAACCAGAGGCGACCUGCCAGCCAGCGGACCACCACCGGACCGAGGACCGCUGCGCCUGGUCGGACCGCCGGACCACAAACUGCAGACCCUGCCGCUAUCCCGCCGGGGGGGGGGGAUGUGCCCCCACCAGCGUCGUCUGCCCGCUGUACUCUGUGCACGGAGGUACAAUGGUUCUAUGCUGUCACACAGAACACCUCGAAACACCCUGCCCUAUAUAUCGAGCGCGCCCGUUCGAUUUUAUCUGGUUGAUUUUUGCUGAUGUGGCCUCUUUGUUAUAACCGCUGAUGUCUUUGUUUUAUAAUUCCUAUGUACGUGUAACUUUCGUAUCAGCCGAUACACGCGCAAAUAUCCGUAAAUAAAUACGUGUGCAAUUCAGUUUCACGACAUUUGGCACCAUGAAUGCGACGUUUGAAUCUGCGAGUGAGGUGACAUCCAUGUCACGGUUGAAAUAUGAGUGUAACCGUCUUUUAUGUACAAUUCACCCUGUUCGGCUAUGUCGAAUUAAUUACAUUUGAGUUACGCUAUUCUUCGUACGGCUCUCGCGAGAUUAAGCGGUAGGUUUUACACUUUUACAUUUCCGGUUAUAUCUCAGAAACUGAUCGAUCUACGAUGAAGCCACUUUACAUGAUCGUGGCCGGCUUGCGAACCAGCAAGUCGAUCGAAUCUUCAACACUUAAAAGCUUAAGACGACGGAGAUAUAGCCUGAAGUGUACUACAUUUUCUAGGUGCAAAACCUACCGCUAAAACCCGCGAGACCUGUACGUACCAAACCGUCCAUUGAAUGUAACAAUGGUGUUGAAUUGUUUCUGUGUACGCACAAUGUGGUAUUUGUCAUGAUAAAUGUAAAUAGUAUUGAAAACAUAUUUUAUUUAUACGAAUACACGAUGGAACAUCUUU